UGUGUUUUCUUGCAAGCGUUUCUCUUUUCAGCAGAAAGCUUUCCGCAUGAUGAAUCUUUUUUGUGACUAGUGAAUCGUUCAAUGUGAUGAUAAAAGCAACUUUUGUAUGAAACUUUGUGCUUCAUUUAUCUGGUGAACAGAAACUAGUCUGUAAUAAGGUCCGGGAGAAACAAUGACCAAUAAUCGAAGAAGGUCUAACGAGCAACCGCCUACUCGGCUACUACAUACUCAAUCAAUCAGUGGUAGUUCGGGUAUUGAACCUAUGAUGGAUAGCGAGGUGGUGCCUUCAUCUCUUGUUCAAAUUGCACCUAUUCUUCGUGUUGCAAAUGAAGUUGAACCUACAAACUCAAGAGUUGCCUACUUAUGUCGGUUCUAUGCCUUUGAGAAAGCCCACAAUCUAGAUCCAAAAUCAAGUGGACGUGGUGUUCGCCAAUUCAAAACUGCUCUACUUCAACGUCUACAGAGGGAAGACAAAACCACAUUAGCAGGACGAACACAGAGCGAUGCACGUGAAAUGCAGAGUUAUUAUCAACAUUACUUCAUGAAAUACAUUCAAGCCUUGAAGGCCGAAAAAGCUGAUCGUACUCGCCUUACAAAAGCUUAUCAGACUGCUGCUGUUCUGUUUGAGGUUUUAAAGGCUGUUAACUUCACAGAGUCUGUCGAGGUGGCAGAUGAGAUUUUGGAAGCUCACACUAAGAUUGCUGAGAAGACAGAGAUGUAUGUUCCUUAUAAUAUACUUCCACUUGAUCCGGAUAGUUCAAAUCAAGCUAUAAUGAGAUAUCCAGAGAUUCAAGCUUCUGUUACUGCACUGCGUAGUACCAGGGGACUUCCAUGGCCGAAAGGCUACAAGAAGAAAGUAAAUGAAGACAUUCUUGAUUGGCUACAGGCUAUGUUUGGUUUUCAGAAAGAUAAUGUCUCAAAUCAGAGAGAGCAUUUAAUCUUGUUGCUUGCAAAUGUUCACAUUCGUCGGUUCCCAAACCCUGACCAACAACCUAAGCUGGAUGAUUGUGCGCUUACCGAAGUUAUGAAGAAACUUUUUAAGAAUUACAAAAAGUGGUGCAAAUAUUUGGGUCGCAAAAGUAGUCUUUGGUUGCCAAAUGUUCAACAAGAAGUGCAACAAAGAAAAUUAUUGUACAUGGGUCUAUAUCUUCUCAUAUGGGGUGAAGCUGCAAACUUGAGAUUUAUGCCGGAAUGCCUUUGCUAUAUCUAUCAUCACAUGGCAUUUGAAGUAUAUGCUAUUCUGGCUGGUAGUGUUAGUCCUUUGAAUGGUGAGAAUAUUAAACCUGCAUAUGGUGGUGAAAAAGAGGCAUUUUUGAGGAAAGUAGUGACUCCUAUCUACAAUACAAUAGCACAGGAAGCUAAAAAAUGCAAAAGGGGAAAAACAAAACAUUCUCAAUGGAGAAACUAUGAUGAUCUAAAUGAAUACUUCUGGUCAGUUGACUGUUUUCGUCUGGGAUGGCCAAUGCGUGACAAAUCUGAUUUCUUUUGUCGGCCUGAUGAUGAUGAGAAAAAACCCGAUAAAAGUGAUCAUUGGAUGGGAAAAAUCAACUUUGUUGAGAUAGAUUCAUUUUGGCAUAUCUUUAGGAGCUUCGAUAGAAUGUGGAGCUUUUUCAUUUUGUCUUUACAGGCAAUGAUUAUUAUAGCAUGGAAUGGAUCUGGUGAACUAAAUUCUAUCUUCGAUGGGGUUGUGUUCAAGAAAGUAUUAAGCAUUUUCAUAACAGCAGCAAUAUUGAAACUUGCACAUGCUGUCAUUGAUGUAUUUAUAAUGUGGAAUGCAAGAUUCUACAUGUCAUUUCAUGUGAAGCUUCGAUAUAUUUUGAAAGCUCUAACUGCAGGAGCUUGGGUGGUGAUUUUACCUAUAACAUAUUCGUAUAGUUGGAAAAAUCCAUCUGGAUUUGAAGAAACUAUUAAGAAUUGGUUUGGAAAUGGAGAAAGUUCACCUUCUAUGUUCAUCAUAGCAGUUGUUAUUUAUCUAUUUCCAAAUAUCCUUUCUGGACUUUUAUUCCUUCUACCCUUUAUACGAAGAAAUCUAGAGAAAUCAGACUAUAACAUUGUGAGGUUUGUGAUGUGGUGGUCUCAGCUUUCGCUUUAUGUUGGGAGGGGAAUGCAUGAAGAUCCUCUAUCCCUUAUCAAGUACACUAUAUUCUGGGUUCUUCUUAUAGCUUCAAAGUUAGCUUUCAGUUACUACUUAGAGAUAAAGCCUCUAGUGGGUCCAACAAAAGCAAUUAUGCGACUUCACAUUAGACGUUAUGAAUGGCAUGAAUUCUUCCCUCAAGCUAACAACAAUAUUGGCGUUGUGAUUACACUAUGGGCUCCUAUCAUUCUUGUCUAUUUUAUGGAUACUCAAAUAUGGUAUGCCAUCUUUUCCACAAUAUUUGGUGGAAUUUAUGGUGCAUUUCGGCGUCUUGGAGAGAUUCGAACUUUAGGGAUGUUGAGAAGCCGGUUUCAGUCACUGCCAGUUGCUUUCAAUUACUGCUUAAUUCCAGAAGAAAAUAGCCAAAUGAUUGAGCAUAGGCUCACGGUUACUCCGUCCCAUAGAAUGACUAAGUUGUGUUUAUUUCAGGAACCAACUAAUAAAGAGGAGACAACAAGGUUUGCUCAUAUGUGGAAUAAAAUCAUUACAACUUUCAGGGAAGAAGAUUUGAUAAGCAACAGGGAAAUGGACCUUUUACUUAUGCCAUGUUGGGCUGAUUUUGACUUGAAUCUUAUUCGGUGGCCACCAUUUUUACUUGCUAGCAAGCUUCCAAUAGCCUUGGACAUGGCAAAAGACAGCAAUGGAAAUGACCGAUUACUACAAAAGAGGCUGAAUGCAGACAAUUAUAUGCUUUGUGCUGUUCAGGAAUGCUAUGUUUCAACCCAAAAUAUUUUAAAUUUUCUUGUUGAAGGAGAAAUUGAAAAGGCAAUUAUGAAGGAGAUUUUUGAAAAAGUUGAUCAUCACAUUAAGGAGGGAGAUUUACUAAGUGUGUUUGAUAUGAGUUACCUGCCUAGCCUCACGAAUCAUUUCAUCCGGCUUAUUGAAUAUCUGAAAGAAAAUAAAGCAAGUGACAAGGACGAGAUUGUCAUUGUGCUACUUAACAUGCUGGAGGUGGUAAACAUAGACAUCUUGGAUGAGCCAUUAUCUAGCAUGGUAGAGUCAAGCCAUAAGUAUUUUGCAGAUCUAAAUUUUCCUGUUAUAGGAGAGAUAGAAGCUUGGAAAGAGAAAAUCAGAAGGCUUCAUCUGUUGCUUACAGAAAAAGAAUCUGCUAUGGAUGUUCCAUCAAACUUAGAAGCCAGAAGGCGUAUCUCUUUCUUCUCAAAUUCAUUGUUUAUGGAUAUGCCUAAAGCACCCAAAGUUCGAAAUAUGAUAUCUUUCUCCGUUUUGACUCCUUAUUAUAAUGAGGAUGUUCUUUUCUCUAUGGAUGCCUUGGAAAAGCCUAAUGAAGAUGGAGUUUCCAUUCUUUUCUACUUGCAGAAAAUCUUUCCAGAUGAAUGGAACAAUUUUCUAGAGAGAGUGGAGUAUAGCAAUGAAGAAGAAAUGAAAGGAGAUUUAGAUUCAGAAGAAUUGUUGCGCCUUUGGGCUUCAUAUAGAGGCCAAACACUUACUAAGACUGUACGAGGCAUGAUGUACUAUCGACAAGCAUUGGAACUUCAAGCUUUCAUUGACAUGGCAAAUGAUGAUGAGUUAAUGAAAGGUUACAAUCCUGCGGAAUCUAACACGGAAGAAUAUUUAAGGAAUGAAAGAUCAACACUAGCACAAUGUCGAGCAGUUCCAGAUAUGAAGUUCACAUAUGUCAUCUCAUCUCAGCAAUAUGGAAUCCACAAAAGAUCAGGCGAUGCUCGUGCUCAUGACAUUUUGAGGCUUAUGACAACGUAUCCUUCUCUUCGAGUUGCCUAUAUUGAUGAGGUGGAAGAAACUAGCAUUGAUGAAUUAGAAAAUGUUGUUACCAAAGUUUCUUACUAUUCAGUUCUUGUGAAAGCUGUACCAAAGUCUGCUGAUGCCUCUCACCAAUUUCAGAGCUUAGAUCAGGUUAUAUAUCGUAUAAAACUUCCAGGAGCAGCCAUACUUGGUGAGGGAAAACCAGAGAACCAAAAUCAUGCCAUCAUUUUCACACGUGGAGAAGGUCUUCAGACAAUAGACAUGAACCAGGACAACUACAUGGAAGAAGCCUUUAAAAUGAGGAAUUUACUUCAGGAAUUUCUUGUCAAACAUGGAGUGAGAACUCCAACCAUACUUGGACUUAGGGAGCAUAUAUUCACUGGAAGUGUAUCUUCUCUUGCGUGGUUCAUGUCAAACCAGGAGACGAGUUUUGUAACAAUUGGACAAAGAUUAUUGGCUAACCCAUUGAAGGUUAGAUUUCACUAUGGGCAUCCUGAUGUAUUCGAAAGACUAUUUCACUUAACCAGAGGAGGUAUCAGCAAAGCUUCAAAAAUCAUCAAUCUAAGUGAAGACAUAUUUGCAGGUUUCAAUUCCACACUACGUGGAGGAAAUGUGACUCAUCAUGAAUACAUACAAGUUGACUUGGACACCGUUUUGAUUUUUUUUCGUAUGCUCUCAUGCUAUUUCACCACUAUCGGAUUCUACUUCAACACAUUGCUGACUGUGCUCAUUGUAUACGUAUUUCUCUAUGGUCGCCUCUACCUCGUACUAAGUGGACUUGAAAGAGAAUUAAACACAAAUAAAGCAAUUGCAAGAAACAAACCCCUUCACGUAGCUCUCGCAUCUCAAUCUUUCGUUCAAAUCGGAUUCCUCAUGGCACUCCCAAUGAUAAUGGAAAUUGGACUCGAAAGAGGAUUCCGAAGUGCAUUAACCGAUUUCGUCCUCAUGCAACUCCAAUUAGCUUCGGUUUUCUUCACAUUCUCUCUCGGAACAAAAACCCAUUACUACGGUCGCACUUUGCUUCACGGCGGCGCACAAUACCGCCCCACCGGCCGUGGAUUUGUAGUUUUUCAUGCAAAAUUUUCCGAGAACUACCGGCUAUAUUCUCGUAGCCACUUUGUAAAAGGAAUCGAGCUUUUGAUCUUGCUUGUUGUGUAUGAGAUAUUUGGAGAAUCGUAUACAAGUUCGGUUGCGUAUAUGUUGAUUACAGUUUCGAUGUGGUUUAUGGUGGGGACAUGGCUUUUUGCUCCGUUUCUUUUCAAUCCUUCGGGGUUUGAGUGGCAGAAGAUUGUUGAUGAUUGGUCGGAUUGGAGUAAGUGGAUAAGUAAUCGAGGUGGAAUCGGUGUUUCCGGGGAUAAAAGUUGGGAAUCGUGGUGGGAGAAAGAGCAAGAUCAUCUUGUGUCUUCGGGGGUGAAGGGUAUUGUUAUAGAGAUUUUGUUGGCAGUUCGGUUUUUUAUUUAUCAGUUUGGACUUGUGUAUCAUCUCAACAUUACAAAGAGCAAAAGUUUUCUGGUUUAUGGAAUUUCGUGGCUUGUAAUCUUCGCAGGACUUCUUGUAAUGAAGGGGAUGGCAUAUUGUAGAAAGUCUCUUAGCAAUGACUAUCAGCUUGCAUUCCGAUUGAUCAAGGGAUUAAUCGCUAUAAGUUUUUUUUCUAUACUAGUUACCAUAAUAGCACAACCUCAUAUGUCAAUAAAGGAUAUAAUUGUAUGCGUCCUCGCCUUAAUGCCUACGGGUUGGGGAAUGCUUCUGAUUGCACAAGCUUUGAAGCCAUUUUUGAAACAAACUGGAUUCUGGUCAUCUGUUAGAACGUUAGCACAAUAUUAUGAGAUAAUAAUGGGUUUGCUUUUAUUCACGCCAGUUGCAUUUUUGGCUUGGUUCCCAUUCGUGUCUGAAUUUCAGACACGAAUGUUGUUCAACCAAGCAUUUAGCAGAGGUUUACAAAUCUCCCGUAUUCUUGGUGGUGGCCAAAAGAAAAACCGAUCAUCCCGCAUCAAGGAGUGACUUUUUGUCCUUUAGCAUAACUAUUUCCAUUCGUAUGUAUAUAUGCAUAAAUUUAUGUAUGUAUGUUAUCACAAGCAUGGGAUCAACAUACAUCUAUACAAACUAGUAAUGUGAAUUGAUUAUUUGUGUAGAAGAUGUAUCACCAUUAGGUAGUAAGAUGUAUAGUUUUAUUUACUUUUUCUAGGUGUGUUGUGUGAUCAUUGACUACUAUUUAUUCAUAUUAAGGGUAGUGGAAG